AAACCCCAUUAUUCUUUGCUAACCCAAAAAGGCGCAGCCUUAUUUGCUUGCCUCUCCUUCUUCUGCCAUCCUCCCAAUGCCCAAGACAGCCAUGGCUCACCCCACGCCGUCUAGCUCUCUCGGUACCCUCUCCCUUCUCCUGCUCUUCGCGUCUUCCCAAGCUGCCCAAGGUGCGUCGCCGUCGCAUCCGUCGGUGGCGGGGCACGUGCCGGUGCGCGCCGUGCUGUACCGCUACCGCUCCGUCGAGCGGGCCACGACGACCGCUGCCGCCGGUGACGAGGCGCCUGGCGUCGGCGGAGGAAGGUACGAGCCGUUCCAGCUGUGCAUAGGGUGCCGGUGCUGCCUAGCCGCGGCUGCAUGGCCGGAGAACAACGGGAGCAGCUCAUGCGUGGACACGCGGUGCUGCUACGCCAUCGACUGCAACGUCCCCGGCAAGCCUUUCGGCGUCUGCGCCUUCUCCCCUCGCACCUGCGGCUGCGGAGGCGACGACGCUGGAGCCGGCGGCGGCGACAACUGCACCAGCAACCAUUGACACCGGUCCUCCUCGUCACUGGCCGGUCGGCUGAGCCUUUAGAGUUGCCGAUCGACCUCAUGAUCAUCCUCAUGCUUGUCAUUGCCGCUAGCUACUAAAUCACUUUACUUUUUGUUUAGAUGUACAUGUACUUCAAGCCACUUUACUUAACUUUGGAGAAAAGGUUAUAUAUGUCUAAGAAAUGGCACCAUAUCAUUUUUGACGAAAAUGGCACUAUAUAGCUCAGCUCAUGAUUUGUUUUUCACCUGCUUCUUGUUGAUAAAAGAUGUGCAAUUAUUUGA